AUGGUUCAAGCCUGGUCGAAAACACUCUGCAGCCAAAUUUUCCGUGUGGUAAACACCCGGUCUCUGACAGAACGGCUCCCGAAUGAAGUCCUCGCUCAUAUCUUUCUCCUCGCCACCCACGAUACCAGGCAAGCGAGGUCGCUCGACUCCGACCCGGAGGAUCUCGUGCCCAUCGGCACCUUGCUCUCGUUGACGCAUGUCUGCCAGCGAUGGCGACAGGUCGCCAUCGACUUCCCGCUCCUGUGGACGCACAUCGACCUCCACGACAGCAGGCAAUUUGCCGCCUUUGAGCAGCGCUCGCGGGGACUCCCACUUUCUCUGCGGAUCAACCGCGACGACAUCUUCAGAAUCACCCGAGACGGCAAAUGUGAGGACGACAAGUGGGCCAUAGAGAUCAACAGCGGCGAAAUCUUCACAACCGCCUGUGACGAUGAACGUGUGGACGACGAGUACGCCAUGGGGAAGCUCAUCGCCUCCGUCGCGGACCGGCUUGGCACGCUCGACAUCAUACCCAUGUUGGAGGACGGCCAGUCGCCAAGAUGGCUCCGCGAAAAGAUGUGUCUGCCUCGACUGGAGGAAACAUCGAACCUCAAGGCACUUGCCAUGAACGGGUCUGGAGACUGGGUGCCCAGCAACCAUUUCGUUCAUCUUACCCAUCUGUUAAUCUCUUGGGAGUACGAAGAUGACGACACGACCUUGUACCAGUUGCUCUCGCGCACUCCCAAUCUCGAGAUCCUGGAAUUGGAGAACAUCGGCACAUGCCGAGGAACGCCGGAACGCCCGGCUUCGCUGCAAAGGCUGCGGUCCAUCACGUUUUUGGCGUCGAACGGUCACGCUGUGGACCUGUUCAAGUUCUGCAGCACCACCAAUCCGUUUCCCUUACGUAUGACGGCCACCCACAUCCUCAUCUCGGACGCCCUCGACACGCUCAACUGCCUCCCUUCGGUCCACCAAGCGACAGAUCUCGACAUCCGAAUCGGCACCGAGCUGCGGAACGUCCACUUCGUCCUUCAGAGCGUCGUCGCGGGCUUCUGGCUCCAGGGGCGCACGGUCGAGCCAGGUGCCGCUCACGACUGGUUCCUCCCCCACGUCCUCCACCUCCACGCACACGCACCCCUCUCCGCCGUCACCUCCGUCACGCUCGAUGUGCCCUUCAUCGAAGCCAGCGGGCUCGUCGACGUCCUCCGCCACGUCCCCCGGCUCGAAACGCUCAAACUCCGCCUCUCCACCCCCGUGCGUGCCCGCGCGGCCGACAACGAGGUCCGGCGCGGCCUGCGCGCCGCGGGCGGACCCGCCACCCAGGUCGCGCACCUCUGCGCCGCUUUGUGCGAGCGCGCCGCAGAGCCUUCGCCCGACCCGGCGCCGGCGCUGUGUCCGGCGCUGCGCGCGCUCGCGCUGUGCUCGAACAUGUGCCGCGAGACCGCGAAGCUGCCGGACGACGUCGGGCGGUACGCGGGCGCGCUCGAGGACGUGGCGCGCGCGCGGCGGGCAAUGGGGUGCCCGCUGCGCGAGCUCGUCGUGCAGCCCAUGAGCGCCUCGGUCUUGCCUGGCGACAGGCAGGCGGCGCAGAAGCGGUUCGGAGAGCAGCUGCCGCAGCUCGUUGAGCUGUUCGAGUUUCUGGGCCCGGGGGACGACAUCUUCGGAGAUUUUGCAGUGCGAGAGUUUUGGUCUGUGGACGGGGAGGAUAGGUACUGGACGAGGGACGAUGACUGGCGCCCUCAGUUCGAUCGGGGGCACCUGCCGUGGUAG